UUCGUGGACGUCAUUCCGUAGAUUUCCGUUGCGACUACCCGUUGGCUCUCUACUCAUAGCGAACGUCAACAGACAACGGCCACGAUUGCGAUAUUAUUAUUAUUAUGAAGCCGGUGACCGUCAUAUUAUCGAAUUAAAAUAGCCCUCCGACAACCGUAGUGCACACCCGGACGCGAGACAGUGCCUAAUGUCCUCCAGGUGUCAUCAUCGCUGUGUCUGAUAGGGAACCGCCACGAUGGGAAAUGUUCUUGCGCGAUUUAAAAAAAAAAAGAAUACCAAAGAAGUUUUGGAAUCUUUAGAAGAUAAAAUUGUAUAUAUAGAAAAUAUGACCUCAAAUACUUCACCAAUCAAUUAUUUUAAAAUUAUAUUUAAUUCAGCUAUUUUGUAUGGAUUUAUUUAUAUUCUUUAUUAUUUCGAUAUUAUUUCAUAUCAAGUACUUCAAAAUAAAUAUUUCAUGGCUAUUCUUGCAGGCUAUCCAAUACUUGCUCUUUAUGUUUAUAAACUUAUUGUUUGGUAUUACAAUCGAAAAAUAGUAACAUAUAGAAAAACAUUAUUAGAAUUACAAAAGGAAAAGAAAAAAAUACUUGAUGAAGUUAUGGAAAAAGAAACAUUCAAAGUAGCAAAGGAAAUUUUAGAAAAAUAUGCGCCGCAACAACUUCAAUCAAUGACUUCUCAAAAUUUUAUUAACCAAAGAGCAUCUACAAAUAAUAGAAUAUCCUUUGCUUCUACUGGUAGACCUAUGAACAGAGUACCAAAUAUGGGUCAACCACCUGCCAUAAUGCCCUCAACAGUAAAACCAAGAUUAGCUCUUCCAAGACCUGUACUUCCAAAGGAUCGUACCAUAUUUGAUCGUUUAGCAGAUAUAGUUCUUGGGGAUGGUCCUCAAAAUCGAUAUGCUUUAAUAUGUAGGACAUGUGGUUCUCAUAAUGGAAUGGCCCGGAAAGAAGAGUUUGAUUACUUGGCCUAUAGAUGUGCGUAUUGUUCGCAAUGGAAUCCUUCACUGAAGGUUAAACCUCAGUUAGCUAUAAGUUAUGAGAGCAGUGUACCAACACAAAAUGGUCGUCUAACAUCUACUGAAACUAUAGAAGAAAUCACAGACGACAUAUCUUUAAAAAGUGAUUCUGACACAAAUGAGAGUGAAAAUUCUGAACAAAAAGUUAUAAUAACUAAAUCAGAUAUCCCAAAUAUUGAUGAUUCAGGUCCUACAAUUGAAGAGAUGGAGGAUGUACAAUCACCAGACGAUAAGACUUCUGACACCAAAAACAUAGAAGACUCAAUAAGUAUACAAAGUCCCAUACUCCAAUUAAUCUUUAUAGGAAAAACAAUAAUUUAUCAUAAAUCUACACAAGUAAUAGCUGAAAAAUUGUUAUAACUUCAAUCAAAAAAAGGAAAAUGUUCAGGGGGUGAGGUAUAAUGAAGUAAUAAAUUAAAUAUUUGUUUUUGUUUUUUAUUUCAUGUUAAACAGAGUUAGAAAAUAACUCUGUGAUAUGAGAAUAUUAAAUUAUUAAAUUUACUUGUAACUAACUCCCUAAUUAACAUUUGUUCACAAUUUAAUAAUGUAUACAGGGUAUUGAUAUUAUAUUUUUAUGCAAUUGUUAA